UAAUUUUCUAGAGAGAGAAGAUGCUAGAAACUCAUGAAUGUAAUCACGGAUCAUCAUCAUCAUAAGUGAUCACGAGAUAGUGAAGAUCUGAAUUGAUGUGUAGCAAGAAGGAUACUCGUCGUAGUGCUCGCAUCAAAGCGAGGUCUGAGAUUCAAAACCCCAAAUUUCUAAACCUCACCCUUUCCAUUUCUGAUUCCGCCGCCGUCGCCGUCCCCGUCGUCGCCGCAGACAAAAUGGGAUCAAACUCCACCGACAGUCCUACCCACCACCCACAACUCAAUCUUUUUCCCUUACGCCCAACUUCCGACGAUGUCGACAACGUUGAAUACUUAUUAAACUCCGCCGCCGUCGACGGAUCCGCCACCACCUUGACCUCAAUCUUCGGAGCCGUAUCUUCAUCAACUUCUUCCUCGACCUCGUCGGAAGACAAUAACAAUAACAGUAAUAAUAACAAUAACAAUCAUAAUAAUCAUCAUGAUCUGCUGGCGCGGACUGCUUUGAGGAAGAAAGAGAGAGAUCGGUGUAAGGAGGAGAGAUGGGUUUGUUAUUCGGAGGUUAUGAGCAACACCGGAGGAGGAUCAUCAGUUGAUGUUUCUGGUGAUGAUCAGAUGAUGAUGAAGAAGAGACAUGAGAGGCGAAGGAAAUUGGCUUUGAAAUUGGAUUAUGAAGAGAUAAUGAAUACUUGGGGACGUCCAUUGAUACAUAUUCAACUUGAAUCGCCGGCGACGGUACCGGACCUAAUGAUGAAGCUUGAUCAUAAUCAAUAUCAUCAUCAAUCGAUCUCUUCUGACCACACUGGUGGAGAAGCAGCGAUGGGCGGAUGGGGACAUAGUAAUGAUGGAGGGUUGUGGAGAGUACCGGAGGUAGAGAAGAGAUGGUGCAGUAACAAUUUAGCGGAUACUUUGAAAAUAAAGGAAGAAGUGGAAAGUGGACAACAUUUGAGAGAGGCUAGCAUGUUGAGAUACAAGGAGAAGAGGCAAAGUAGACUCUUCUCCAAGCGAAUCCGAUACCAAGUGCGAAAGAUCAAUGCCGAGAAGAGGCCACGCAUCAAGGGGAGAUUCGUGAAGAGAAGUUGAUUGAAGCUAGGACAUGGAAGGGUUGGCCUCUUGUAGUAUUAUUAAGUUUUCUAUUGUAAAAUAGAUGUAAUUUUCAUGUAAAAUUGGAUGCAAUGACAGGCUUCAGCUGAUAUACUUUGUCCUUAAUAAGAACUUAGCUCCCACCAAAGAGAAAUGGAGGAAGAAGAAACAUAUAAAUGGAUGCAGAUUAAUAUAUAUGAUAUGAUGAUUAGUGCUCCUAUUGGAAUUUCUAGUAA